AUGGCUGAAGUCGUUCAAGCCCGCACGACACUGACAUCUCCCUCUCCUUCUCGAAAACGUUCCGCAUCCCCAGCCGAAGCAGAGCUCGCCACCACCGACUCAACCAGCACCGCUCUCACAACGACAAAUAAUGAAACUUCUCUCGCCGCGACCUCGAACGAGGAGCCUCCCGCCAAAAAGACAAAACUGAUUCGCCGCAAGCGCCGGCCUGCGCGGCCCCAAGUCGACCCCUCGACGAUAAAAUCCGAGCCUCCUCCGCAGACUGGGACGGUGUUCAACAUCUGGUACAACAAAUGGUCCGGCGGUGAUCGCGAGGAUGCCUACUUGUCGAAUCAUGCUGCGCCUUCGCGGUGCAAUAUCCGCAACGACUCCGGGUGGACGGCGGCGGACAGGACACCGGGUAGUUAUUUCUGUCUGUUCUUUGCGCGAGGACUGUGUCCCAAGGGUCACGAAUGUCAAUACCUCCACCGCCUACCCACGAUAUACGACGUGUUCAACCCGAACGUUGACUGUUUUGGACGGGACAAACACAGCGACUAUCGAGACGACAUGGGCGGCGUGGGAAGUUUCAUGAGGCAGAAUCGCACGUUGUACGUCGGGAGGAUCCACGUGUCGGACGACAUCGAAGAAGUCGUGGCCCGGCACUUCCAAGAGUGGGGGGAGAUUGAACGCAUUCGCGUCCUCACAGGCCGGGGCGUCGCGUUCGUCACGUACGUCAACGAGGCGAACAGUCAGUUUGCGAAGGAGGCAAUGGCACACCAAGCGCUGGACCACAAUGAGAUAUUGAACGUUCGAUGGGCCACGGUGGAUCCAAACCCGCUCUCUCAAAAAAGAGAGGCCGCCAGGAUCGAAGAGCAAGCGGCCGAGGCCGUCCGGCGGGCACUGGGCGAGAGAGCCGUAAGGGAGAUUGAAGGACGCGAGACGAGAGAAGAGAGGGACCAAAGGCGCAUCGAGAGCAGUUAUGGGCUGGAAGGGUAUGAGGCGCCCGAGGAGAUUUGGUUCACGCAACAGCAGCAGAGGGAGCUGGAGGGGCAGAAGUUGGGCGAGAGAGGCUUGCUUGAGCCUCCUCCUGGCACCGAGUCUGGCGCUGAGCACCUGCAGGGGCCGCCGUCCACCGAAGAAGCACAUACUGCGGCCCCGGAAGAGCAUGAACCGCCGCAAGCAGGCCGGGAGGAUGGUAACGGUCACCAAGCCUGGGGGAAUAACGGCAUCUUGUCGGGCUCAACGCUGGCGGCUCUCAAGGGAUAUACCUCGAGCACAGGCUCCAACAACGGAGUUUCAAAGCCUGCCGCAUCAGCUGGGCCGCUUGUCGCAUACGGUAGCGAUGACGACGAAGAUUGA